AUGCAAGCCACCAAACGUGCCUCAAAACGCCUGAGCAAAUACAUGCUCCACACUCUCCUCCGCCCCAGCACUCCUCCCAUCACUGAAAUGGCCCGCAACGAAGAUCUAGACGCCGCGCACCGCCGCCAGAGAUCAGAAGAGGACCACCUCUCCGCCGAGCCCAACGCCGCAGAGGGCCACGUCCGCAUCGACCAGAUCCCCGACAGCGAGCUCAUCAGGCUGUUUGACCCCGCGGGGCCAGGGGUCACUGAGAGCGGGUACGUGAGUGCCCGGCAUGUUGGGAUCCCGAUCAUCCAUAUCGUUGGAAUGGCGCCCUCCCUCCGCCCCUAUCACACCCUCUGGCGCCACCGCUACACCCUCGAAGUGCAGCUCCCGCACAACUGGAGCGCCCUCCGGCAGCGCUACGCCUGGGCGCUGCUGCCCGAGUCCGCGGUGCGCACCGGCGACCUCGACGCCGACAUCCGCGUCGCGCGCGAGCUGUGCGUGCUGCUGCGCCUGUGUGCCCGCGUCCUGGGCGCGGUGCUGGCUGCUGACGGCGCGGGGGACAUUGUGAACACGGUGCAGUGGGUCCGCGAUGAGAUUGCGAGCGUGGGGGAGGAUGAGGUGAGGUGGAGGGGGUGGCUGGAGGGGAUGGUGACGCAGAGGGAGAGGGGGUGGGGGUGGGGUGGGUGGUAG